AUGCACGUAGAAACGGAAAAGAGCGCCAACGUGCCCUCACCGCAAGUCUUGAACAGCGCCCGGGAACUCGGCCUGGAGCAAUCGCGGCUCGAGUUUCUUGAUCGAAUAGUGCGCAGGGGCGUGUCGGCAGCCACCGUGGACGCCAUGUCCAGGGUCCCACGCGAGAUGUUCGUGCCGCACUCGCUCAGAUCGGAGGCCUACGAGGACGUCGCAUUACCCAUUGCCGAGGGGCAAACCAUCUCCCAGCCCUCACUCGUGGCCAGUAUGGUCGAUCUGCUUGAGCUCGAUCCCAGCCAUCGCGUCCUCGAAGUGGGCGCCGGUUCCGGCUACCAGGCCGCCGUCCUUUCACUUCUCGCGUCGCAAGUGGUAUCGGUCGAGAGAAUUCCCGAACUCACGAAAACGGCGAAGGCCCGGUUACAUCUGCUCGGGUAUGCCAGGUGCCGCAUAGAACAGGCCGGCGACGAAAUUGGAUGGCGCUCGGCCGCCCCUUACGACCGGAUUAUCGUAGCGGCGGCCGCCCCGAAAGUGCCGGCCGCGCUUUCCAACCAACUCGGCCCCGGUGGGCGCAUGGUCAUUCCGGUAGGCCGGCGAACCAAUCAGGACUUGCUCGUUGUUUCGCGUAAAUCUGACGGUCUGAGCGUGAAGAAGGCCGGCAAAUGCAUGUUUGUCCCGUUGAUCGGCCGCGACGCCUGGGCGCUGACAUAA